AGUCCUCAGUUUUGACUUAUUUGUUUGUCCACUUGUCCACUUGAAGAAAAAGACGAAGUCUAGUACUCCAGGCAGUCACCUCAGUCUUGUGUGUUGGUCGUCCUCUUGUACAGUCAGUAUAUUUAUUUUCGUGUCCGUUGCUCCUUUUUACUCGUUUGGAGAGAGUACCGGUACAAACCUGAUUUUUUACAGCAGCGAAUAAUAACUACGCCUUGCGAAGGAGCAUGGCUUCAACAAUGACGUUUAGACCAGUGGUGCAUCUCAAGUGUGAUGUCCAGCAGUAUGCCUGGGGUAAGAUGGGCAGUGCCAGUCAAGUGGCACAGCUGCGACUCAGUGCCCAGCAGGAGCACGCUAAGAUCAGCUCCGCUGGCUUUGAGGUGGACGAGGGCAAGCCCUAUGCCGAGUUGUGGAUGGGUUCUCACCCGAAGGCACCAGCAACAGUCGUAGGCUCUCAUCUUCCCGCUGACAUGCCGUUCAUUCAAUAUCUAGAGGACAACCUUGAGUCGAGCUUGGGUGAUGCUAUUACCAAGGAGUAUGACGGCAAGCUGCCCUUCCUGUUCAAGGUGCUGUCCAUUAGCAAAGCUCUGUCCAUUCAAGCCCACCCAACCAAGGAGCACGCAAAGAUUCUACACCAGCAAGCCCCGGACAAGUACCCCGAUCCGAAUCACAAGCCUGAGAUGGCCAUCGCCCUCACACCGUUCGAGGCCAUGUGCGGAUUCCGCGAAGCCAAGGACAUUAUCGGCUUCUUCCAGAACAUCCCUGAAUUGCAGACGGUGGUAGGGAAGGAUGUGUGCGAUGCGUUUACUGCAGAUCCCAGUGUGGCUACGCUCAAGGCAUGCUUUGCUGCGCUGAUGCACUGCGAUGAUGAGGUCGUCCGCCAGCAGCUCUCACAGCUAGUGCUGCGUCUUCAGGCACAGCAGACCUCUGGAUCAUUCUCCGCGGAGGAUGAAGCAAAGUUCUGUGCCAGUCUCCUGCUGCGCACUCACGGGCAAUUCCCUGGUGAUGUCGGCUGCUUUGCAAUGUAUUUCCUGAAUGUUAUCAACUUGCAGCCUGGAGAGGCCAUUUUCCUUGGACCAAACAUCCCGCAUGCCUAUAUGUCCGGAGACUGUGUGGAGUGCAUGGCAUGCAGUGACAACGUAGUGCGUGCCGGUCUGACACCGAAGUUCAAGGACAAGGCUACGCUUGUGGACAUGCUGGACUACACCAUGUCGUCGCCGAGUGCACGCAUCUUCCGCUGGCACGCUGACGGCGAGGAUGCACCGGAGUAUCGCGUCUACGACCCGCCCGUGCCCGAGUUCACCGUAAUCCAUGGCAGCUUCGAUAAGGGAGAGCACACCGUCAAGCCGAGAAACGGACCCAGCAUUUUCCUGGUGACGGAAGGCAGCGGCACCGUUCAUGCCUCACCAGAUGUGACCGUACCCAUAUGCCGCGGAUCCGUCCUAUUUGUCGGUAACAAUGUUGCACACAAGCUAACUGCUGACCAGCCGGUACAGUUCUACCAGGCCGUGUGCAUUCCAGCCUCUUCCUAACACUGAACUGUGCACGUACUGGCCAACUAACCAUCGCUGAAGUGCCCCAAAAUACAAAAGAAGAGCAUUCUGUUGCUGUCUUGUUCCUCGAAUUGUCUGUUUAAUUUAAGCUACUAGUAGUUGCCAAUGCUUAGCCGUGCCCCGAAAUAACAGUGUGCAGGCUUUCCUACAAUGACACCACUCCAUUAAUUUGCAGUUGCGAUUACUCUCAUUUUUACUUCCAUUUUUUUAUUUCUCAACUGUUUGAUAUUUAGCCAUUACUCGAUUCAACCAUACCGCGAUACUUUUGACAGUCACUGCAGCCUAACUUAAGCAAUACCUAUCUGAGCAAUAUGAUAAUUAUA